AUGAGCUGCCGCAUGCAAGGACUCCUACGAUACGCUCUACCUUUUGUGCACGCUCUCUUAGUUCGGCCUAUCGUCUCAGUGUAUGCGCUUCACUAUGGUCUCUAUUACACUAUCCUAGAAACUCCGCUUGUUCUACAUCCCAUCUAUACUGCACUCGCCUGGCUCCUUCUGAUCAUACGGUCAAUUUACCUCACUUUUCGCAAAGUCUUCUCCGAUCCCGUCCUUUUCGUGCUCGAAAUAAUAUCCUGUAUUCUUGCGCUUGUGGUCUUGCUCGGAUUCUAUGGCUAUUAUCGAUCCCCCACUCCGAGAAGAGCUGAGAAGCGCCAUCACGUCUGCAAUAUAUUCGUCCUUGGGACUCGGGUCAAAGUCGCCGUUCUUCAGGCACCACCCACCGCAACGACGGCCUGGCUUAUCACCAAACUCGAGAAUCGCAAACUGAUCCUUGGGUUCCGCGAGGACGCUCGCCUUACUUAUGAACUUCUGUUGUAUCCCGGAGAUGGCUCUCGUCCGCGUCCCCUCGACUUACUCCACGAUGGCACUCUCGCUGCUGCUGGAGUCGUCAACAAUUGCACUUUGCAAUUCCGGUAUUGCUUGCCCGGCGGUGCCGGCAAUGAAGAAGCUGGUCCCUCUGAACCGCCGAUACAGUGUCCCGCCUGCUAUCGGAUAUUCAAGCGCGAAGGUGGACUCGUUCAGCACCUACGCGCGAAGGGGAACCCGGAUUGCAAGAAGUGGGCUGAGGAGCGGGAAGCAGAAGACAUCCGGCAAGCAAUGGCGGCUCCGGACGAACUCGAACGUUUACGCGAAGAGGCCCGCGCGACUCUGCAGCAGAUCAUCGACGACGAAGAGACGGAGGGAGACUUCGACUUGGACUUCGAGCCAAUCCCUGAUCCGCCUCUUGACUUGCCGCCUGAGCCGCCUCCCGGUCCCGGUCCCGCUCCAGCGACCAACCUCACUCCUCUUCCAACGCCUGCAUCGACUCCUGAGCCGCCUCCUGGACCCACGCCCGUGCCAACGCCCGCAUCAACUCCUGAACCGCCCGACGACCUCAUCCCCGACGAGGAUCUCGAACCACGACCGCUCAAGAACCUCAGAGCAGUUCGGAGCGGACGGCAUGAUCCGAAGGAGGAGAGCGACGAGGAAGAUGAUCCAUUUGGUUGGGGUGAUGAGGACGAGGAGGAUGCGCUGAAGGAAGAGGUGGAGGAUGACGAGUUUGAGGAUGAGGAGGAUCAGGACGAUGAUGAAGAUGCACUGCGCGAUCUCGGACUUGGCGCUAUGGACGAGGGCCCUGGCAAUCAAGACGACGGGCCUCUGGAUCAAGUCGAACGGGAGGGAGGAGGCGAGGGAGGGGGAGAGGGGGGAGGG